AUGGGCUGUGCUGCCAGCAUCAAGAGAUCCAUCAGUUUGGGUCGGCUUGAUGAUACCGAAUUGGUGCGCAAAAACUCCAAGGAGACGGUAGCAACGACGACCACCAAGGCUUCGUUCCUCAGGAGAGUGUCCUUGGGUUCCCUGUCGUCCAUGUUGUCGUUUCGACGGAAGUCUGACGAGCCUGAGGAAGAGGCCACGACGAUGGGAGCUGAAUGCCGGGACUUGAUGUUCGACCCUCAAACCUUGGAGGACCGAAUAGCGGCUAUAAAACUCGGUGCUAUUUUGAAUGAUGCGGACGUGGCCCAUCUGUAUUUCUUUUCUGACUACAUGCUCUCCAAGAGAACUAUGGUAGUCAUCCGGCUGGUCACGGACAUGAAAACCGAGAAAUUGAUGGCAUGUAAGCAACACAACCUGCGGAAAAGUGAUCGUAGCUCCAAACAUGAUCGCUCACCUGAGUUGAUCAAACAGCAGGCUAUCAUGCUUGAUGCGUGUUGCUCCCAUCCCAGCAUCAUCAAGUUGCAGGAAUGCUUCAUUCACAAUGGCUACUUCUAUGAGAUUUUAGAGUAUGCCCGCGGUGGCAGGCUGUCUGAUGCUAUACUGGAUGCGGAGCAUCACACAGAGCAGGAAACCGCGAACUUUUUGUUGCAGUUGCUCAGCGCCGUCCUAUACAUGCACGAAAGGAAUUUGUGUCACCGGGACAUCAAGCCGGAGCAUCUUCUCAUCAAGGAUAGAGCUCCGGCUCACUGCGCAGAGAUCAAGUUGUGUGACUUUGCCACGACCUGUCUCUACACCCCAGGGGAGCAGAUGACCGAGAAAGUGACGACUCCGUACUACGCCUCGCCACAAGUGCACGAGGGCCUGUAUUCAGAGGUGUUAGAUGCCUGGUCCUGUGGCGUGGUCAUGUACCUGCUCCUCACAGGUUACCCUAGAAAGGCCAAAGCACAAGCGGAGUUCCCCAACAUGAAGGGCGACGACUUCCGGAAGGCACUGACGAAAGGAAAGAUGCACAGUCUACAGGAGCGUGGAAGUCACAUCUCGCACAAUGCUCAUCACCUCUUGGACGCAUUGCUCAUGACCUCCGAGGAGCAUCGCUACACUCCCAAACAAGCGAUAAAGAAUACCUGGUUGAUGCACCAUGCUCCACAGCAUGCCGUAGAGGAAGAAGCAGAACCAGGAGGUGGCCUAGGGGUGCCCGGACAUUGUCCCGAUCGCGCGGGCAUGUGUACUGGCAAAGCCAAAAAAAAUGGAAGUGCAGCGCCUGUUUCACUUGCCGAAGGGGACGGAGGUGAGGCCAAAAAAGGUGCCGAAUUUGGGGCACUUCAUUUGUUGCCUGCUCUCCUCGCCGCUGCUUCGGUGACUCUGCUGGCAACGCUUGCGGCGCCCUGCUUCGUGGCACCGCCCAAGCGAGGUCUCCGGGGCCUUGAAUUUCGGGUUCGUAUCCCCGUGGCGAAAAAAAACGCUGCCUAUGCCAAGCUCCCACCACUUGAAGAUGUGCCACUGGAGGACAUCGGCGCCACUCGACAAGGAAAGCUCGGAGAGGAGUCCGACACCUUCUUCGGCAUCAGCUUCCAAGUUUGGAUCUUCGUGAUCCUGGGUGCAGUGACCUGGGCUGCCACCUGGGUCUUGAACCUGAAGCCCGCCAAGGACGCCGAGGGCACCUACAAGACCUACAUCGGUGCCGGCGCCCUGCCACCCGAUGGCUUCACCAACCCCGCAGAUCCUCGGGUCCAAGAAGAACUCACGGACGAGGACGACGACCUCUACAGCGACGAUCUGAGGCCCGGCCAGGCCAAAGGAGCUAAGGCGGCCAGCUCGGCCAUUGUCUGAGGGGUGGGGCUUCAGCCUUCGAGAUGGUUCUGGAGGAGUCGCCUCCGUCCAUGUCACCCUGUGAGCAGAUUCAGCCCCGAUUUCACGCAAUUUUCGCCCCAGAGGCAGCCUGGCUCGUAGAUCAUGCAGAUCAAAUAGCAGCGACAGUGGAUGGUCGAAUUUGAAGAUUGCCACUCGAAAAUACUUGACGAACAUUGAC